CGUCUCCUCCAGUUAGCUGUCCGGCUGCAUGCGCUCUUAUAUUAUUAGAUCAUUUUUUAUUUAUUUAUUUUAAAUUGUUCUUUCUAACCAGUGUUAUUGAUUGACCUCGACUGGACUAUUGGCAUUCUAGACUAGAGGCAUCUCUUGUAGAGCGCCCUGUGAGGAGCCUGUUGAGGCAGAGAUCCAAGCGCAGCAGAGGAUCAGCAGCAGCCACGCCGUCUACAUCAGCGAAGCCCGUGGACACCAACGAUUUGAUUCCCAUUCACUGAAGAAAAAAACGUCACCAUGAGCAAACAUGAGAUGGGAAGGUUUAACAUUGCUCCUGACGAGGACAGCAUGAGCUCAAACAGCAACGACGACUUCAAUUAUCCGCAAUAUCCGGCCAAGAAGCUCUCUGUUAAAGGCCAUUAUGAUAUGGAUCCAGAAAACCAGAAUUUUCUGCUCGAACCCACUCUGGCAAAAAAGAAAUGCGAGACGGAAUAUCUCCCAGGUACUACAUCGUUUGGCAUGUCCGUAUUUAACCUCAGUAAUGCCAUCGUUGGAAGUGGAAUUCUGGGUCUUUCAUAUGCCAUGGCUAACACCGGGAUUGCACUUUUCAUGAUCCUACUCUCCUCUGUGUGCCUAUUUUCUCUAUACUCCAUUCACUUAUUACUGAAGACUGCAAAUGAAGGAGGUUCUUUAUUAUACGAGCAACUGGGAUUUAAAGCAUUUGGUAUUUUUGGAAAAAUUGCAGCUUCUGGAUCAAUCACCAUGCAGAAUAUUGGAGCUAUGUCUAGCUACCUCUACAUAGUGAAAUACGAACUGCCGAUUGUGAUCAAAGAAUUAAUUGGCCCAAGUGUUGAUCCUAAUGCAUGGUACUUAGAUGGAAAUUAUUUGGUUGUGAUGGUCUCUCUAUUCCUCAUUCUUCCUUUGUCACUAUUAAGAAACUUGGGAUACCUGGGCUACACAAGUGGCUUUUCCCUGUUGUGUAUGGUCUUCUUCCUGAUUGUUGUGAUCUACAAGAAAUUUCAGAUCCAAUGUGGUUCUUGGAUUGAAAAUGAUGCCAUGAACAUGACUUUGAAUAACACAAUAUACUAUCUCGCAACAGAAGGCCACAUGCACAAUGCAGAGCUCAACCAGACACACCAUGAUGACCUAUGCACACCAAAAUACUUUGUAUUUAACUCUCAGACAGUGUAUGCUGUGCCCAUCCUGACCUUCUCCUUUGUCUGUCAUCCAGCUGUCCUUCCCAUCUACCAGGAACUUAAAGGACGCAGUCGUAAAAGGAUGAUGAAUGUUUCAAAUGUGUCAUUCUUUGCCAUGUUUCUCAUGUAUCUGUUGGCGGCUGUUUUUGGAUACUUGACUUUUUAUGGAAAUGUUGAACCAGAGCUGUUACACACAUACUCAAAGAUUGCAGGAGGAGUCAUUUUUGUAGUUGUGCGUCUAGCUGUUCUUAUUGCUGUCACCUUAACUGUUCCUAUUGUUAUUUUCCCGAUCCGCAGCUCCAUCACCCAGCUGUUGUUUUCAGGAAAGGACUUUGCAUGGUGGCGUCAUAUUUUGAUCACCUUUGUGAUUCUGGCAUUCACCAAUGUUCUUGUCAUCUUUGUUCCUACCAUAAGAGACAUCUUUGGAUUUAUUGGUGCCUCUGCUGCGUCUAUGCUGAUUUUCAUCCUCCCAUCUGCUUUUUAUGUGAAGUUAGUGAAGAAGGAACCCAUAAAUUCUCCUCAAAAAAUUGGAGCUAUUUUGUUUCUUAGCUGUGGAUUUGUGGUGAUGAUUGGAAGCAUGGCCCUCAUUAUCGUUGACUGGGUGCACGUUGGAUCUUCUGACGGCCACUAGGUGACUUGGUGAGGAAUGUAGCACUUUGCUUAAAGUGGAUCUGUUCACUCCCAAGCUUUCUACUGAAAAUGAAAACCAUUUACUUGCAGUUUCACUUCCUUCAAGAUACCAUUAUUUGUAGAACUACAGAACACUUGAGACAUUUAGUUCUACACCUCUAAAAGGACAAUACCACCCUUAAUCUUAAGGGUGACACAUGAGGAAGUAAUUUCAUUCCAUUCUGGAGAAUGGCAAAAUUAUCUAGACUUUACUGAAGCCACAUGGAUGGCUGUUGUCAAUUACUGUUACUUGUUUGUUAAUACUUGAAUGUGCCUACAGGAACCAUUUGAUGUGAGUAAAUGUUAUAUUGCUAUACUGUUAACAUGGCAAGUGGACACAAUCCCCUUUUUAUGAACCAAAAAUGCUCAGCAGAGUCAAGCACUUCUAAGGGGAAGAAUCCACAAACUGUGCUUAUGUUUAGAAAUCCUUGUUGGUUUCCUUCAGUAUCUUUCAACAUAAUCAGUAUUUUACUAAUAUUUUGUCAUGUGGCACAAAAUAACCAUUCAGAAAGUCUGACUGAAAGAAGACUGCUCAAGAUUUGUUCCAGACAGUCACUAUUGAACCUCUUUGGAUAUUGCAGGUUACUGGCAUUUUAUUGUUUGCGAAGCUUAAAAUACUGCAUUUAGCACUGACAUAAAAGCCUUGUAUAAGAAAUUU